AUGACACUAUAUAAUCCACAAAUUGAAAAUAAUACUUUACCGUUAUCUUCGACUUCACAUACAAUAGAUAAACCAAAAGAGUGGAUAUGGCAUCAUUUUGAAUUAAAAGUUCUCGAAACAAAUGAUUCUUUAUGUUUUUAUGAUAUUCGUCCACUUUCAUCAAAAGAAAUAAGUAAUAAUGAUUUUAACUUUAAUAAUAAUGAACAAAAUGAUUUAAUAAUAAAAAAACCACUGAUAUUUAUAAAUUUAAUACCAACAGUUAAUAGAAUGGCAUCAGUAUACACAACAAAGAGAGGAAAGACAAAGAAAGCAAAGUUGGGUAUUAGAAAAGAUGCAUCGAAUAAUGCAGCCAACAAAUUCACACAAAGGAUGAAGGCAGAUAUCUCUGCUUCAAAAUCGGCAGAACUCCCAGCAUGGCAGUUACGUCAACAAGAGAUUGCACUCAAGUUGAAGGGUACUGAAGAGACAGGUCCAAAACUAGCUUUGACAUCAAAGUGUGCCAGUCCAGUAUGUACAUCAAAGAACGUAUUGAAACUCUCACUGUGCGGAAGUUGCACCUCUGUUUCGUACUGCUCACGUGACUGUCAAGUCGGUCACUGGCCAGAACACAAAGAGCUAUGCAAGAAAAUAGCAGCAGAGAAAGCAGAAUCUACCAACGCAAUACUUGAACAACUAAUUCAAAUUGAAACAAAAGUUAAAGAAAACAAAACGAAUAAGAUUGAUAAGAAUUCAGAUGAACACAAGAAGAGAUUAGAAGAAUUGGGAUUGGUUAAGAAACCUAUUGAUACUGUUAAAAGCUAUGAUAUUUCUUCUACUACAACAACAACAACUUCAACAACAACAACAGCAACAAGCAAUAUUUCACAAAAAGAUUCAGAUCUAGCUUCACAUAUCGAUAAAAGUCUAUUUAUUAACGAUGACAUUGAAGAUCUUCCAGAGAUAUCCGACGAUGAAGAUCAAGAUGAAUAA